AUGGCUGUCAUAAAAAGGGGAGCACGUAAGAAGGACGUUAAGGAGCCCAAGAAAAGAUCUGCAAAAAUCAAAAAGGCUACGUUUGAUGCAAAUAAAAAGAAAGAAGUAGGUGUUUCUGAUUUAACACUUUUAUCAAAAAUAUCUGAUGAAUCUAUCAAUGAAAAUUUGAAAAAAAGGUUCAAAAAUGGAUUUAUUUAUACCUAUAUUGGCCAUGUUCUGAUUAGUGUAAAUCCAUUCCGCGAUCUAGGAAUAUAUACCGAUGCUGUUUUAGAGUCCUAUAAAGGUAAGAAUAGACUUGAAGUCCCACCACAUGUCUUUGCGAUUGCAGAAUCUAUGUAUUACAAUCUUAAAUCAUACAAUGAAAAUCAGUGUGUCAUUAUCUCCGGCGAGUCAGGUGCCGGUAAGACGGAAGCAGCAAAGCGUAUUAUGCAAUAUAUUGCAGCUGCAUCUAAUAGCCAUUCAGAAUCAAUUGGGAGGAUUAAAGACAUGGUUCUCGCUACUAAUCCACUCCUUGAAUCAUUUGGCUGUGCUACAACCCUGCGUAACAAUAACUCUUCGAGACAUGGGAAAUAUCUGGAAAUUAAAUUCAACUCUCAGUUUGAACCUUGCGCUGGUAAUAUUACGAAUUACCUGUUGGAAAAACAAAGAGUUGUAAGUCAAAUUAAAAACGAAAGAAACUUUCAUAUUUUCUACCAGUUUACCAAAGGUGCAUCCGAUGUGUACAGACAAACAUUCGGUGUACAAAUGCCCGAACAAUAUAUAUACACAGCAGCAGCAGGCUGUACUACUGCGGACACAAUUGAUGACGUACAUGAUUAUCAAGGAACCCUGGAGGCUAUGAAAACCAUUGGUUUGGGCCAGGAAGAACAAGACCAAAUCUUCAGAAUGCUGGCAGCAAUCCUGUGGAUUGGUAAUAUUUCCUUCAUAGAGAAUGAAGAGGGAAAUGCUCAAGUAAGAGAUACAUCAGUGACUGAUUUUGUUGCUUAUUUAUUGCAAGUUGACGCUCCGUUACUGAUAAAGUGUUUGGUGGAAAGAAUUAUGCAGACCAGCCACGGAAUGAAAAGGGGCUCAGUUUAUCAUGUGCCUUUAAACCCAGUUCAAGCAACAGCAGUAAGAGAUGCGCUUGCUAAGGGAAUUUAUGAUAACCUAUUCAACUGGAUUGUUGAUAGAGUUAAUGUAUCUUUACAAGCCUUUCCUGGAGCUGAUAAAUCAAUUGGGAUCUUGGAUAUUUACGGAUUUGAGAUAUUCGAACAAAACUCUUUCGAGCAAAUAUGUAUCAAUUAUGUUAAUGAAAAACUACAACAGAUUUUCAUCCAAUUGACUUUAAAAGCUGAACAAGAAACUUAUGAAAGAGAAAAAAUCAAAUGGAUGCCCAUCAAGUACUUCGACAACAAGGUCGUCUGUGAUUUAAUCGAGGCGAAAAGGCCGCCGGGUAUUUUUGCUGCAAUGAAUGAUUCGAUUGCAACUGCUCAUGCAGACUCCAAUGCCGCUGAUCAAGCAUUCGCUCAACGACUUAAUCUUUUUAAUUCAAAUCAGUACUUUGAACUAAGAGCUAACAAAUUCGUCAUCAAGCAUUACGCUGGUGAUGUCACGUAUGAUAUUAACGGUAUCACCGAUAAAAAUAAAGAUUCACUUCAAAAGGAUCUGAUCGAGUUAGUAGGAACGACGGCAAAUACAUUUCUGUCCACUAUUUUUCCCGACGAUAUCGAUAAAGAUUCAAAGAGACGACCUCCAACUGCAGGUGAUAAAAUAAUCAAAAGUGCAAAUGAACUGGUAGAAACUUUGUCAAAAGCUGAGCCUUCCUACAUUAGGACAAUCAAGCCUAACCAAACUAAGUCACCAGAUGAUUAUGAUGAUCAACAAGUGCUCCAUCAAGUAAAGUAUUUGGGUUUGCAAGAGAAUGUUCGUAUCAGAAGAGCAGGUUUCUCCUAUAGACAAACUUUUGAAAAAUUCGUUGAAAGAUUUUAUCUGCUAUCUCCUGAUUGCUCAUAUGCCGGUGAUUACACCUGGGAAGGAGAUACCCUUGAUGCAGUCAAAAUUAUUUUAAGAGAUGCUAUGAUACCAGUAAAGGAAUAUCAGCUUGGGGUGACAAGCGUAUUCAUCAAAACCCCUGAGUCUCUUUUUGCUUUGGAGGACAUGCGCGAUAAGUACUGGUACAACAUGGCAGCUAGAAUUCAAAGAGCAUGGAGAAGAUUUUUUCAAAGACGUAUUGACGCUGCAAUAAAGAUCCAACGUACUAUCAGGGAGAAAAAGGGUGGAAAUAAGUAUGAGAAGCUUCGUAACUAUGGCACCAAACUUUUAGACGGUAAAAAGGAGAGGAGAUCUAUGUCAUUACUUGGGUACAGAGCCUUCGUAGGUGAUUAUCUGUCGUGCAAUGAAUCUAAAACAAAAGGAUCAUACAUUCGAAGACAGGCAGGCAUCAAAGAAAAAGUUGUUUUCUCAAUGAAGGGAGAAUGCUUAAAUUCAAAAUUUGGCAGGUCAGCCCAAAGGUUGAGAAAAGUGUUCAUACUAACAAAAAAGACCUUCUAUAUCGUUGGACAAACACGAGUACAAAAUGCUAUGAGAUAUACACAAGAUUAUAAAAUUGAUAUAGGUGAAAUUAAACAGGUAAACGUUACAAACCUUCAAGACGAUUGGAUGGGUGUCAUUCUUGCCAACAGUAUACAACCCGAUCCACUCAUCAAUACACCUUUCAAAACGGAAUUGGUUACACGUAUGAAAAAAUUAAAUGAGAAGAUAAAAAUAAGAGUUGGUCCUACGAUUGAAUAUCACAAGCAGCCGAACAAACUGCAUACGGUUCGCUCGAAAAUUAGCGAUUCAGCACCAAAAUACGGCGAUAUAUACAAGUCAAGUACGAUAUAUGUACGUCGUGGCCACCCUGCUAAUUCCAAAUCGAAUAAAAAACCCAAGAAUCCGGGUGGGUUAAACGGAAGGCCUAUCAAAAGCAAGAAAAGUAAACACAAACACACUCGAAAGCAUACGCAUAGUCAUAGAGCUCACGGAGUCACCCCAAAAAAGCAACCGCUGCCUCCUCAAAGGUUGAACAAUCCGCUGUCUUUAGCAGCCACAGCAGCUCAGGCUGCAUAUAAUCCUAAGCCGCAUAAAACUGUAUCCACAAAAUCUGCUCCAAAGCCUGCUGCAAAGCCUGCUCCAAAACCAAUCCCAAAACCAAACUCAAAAGUUCCUACUAAGGAAAACGCUGUGGUGAAUAAUUCUUCCUCAAGUCAUAAAACUUCAUCCACUAACGAAGGUAAAUCGUCAGCGCCAUCUCCAAAAGAGGCUGACGAAAAUGAGGAGCCGUUCAAAGAAGCGGCAGGAAACAUACCAAUUCCGCCACCGCCACCUCCUAUAAGCCAACCAAGAGAUUUAAAGUUCGAAGCCGCAUACGAUUUCCCUGGUUCUGGAUCACCUUCGGAAUUGCCUUUGAAAAAGGGAGACAUUGUAUUCAUAAGUAAAGAAGAACCUAGCGGUUGGUCUUUGGCAAGACUUCUCGAUGGAAAAGGAGAAGGUUGGGUCCCGACUGCAUAUAUGAUUAUGUACAAAGAGACUAGAGAUACGAUACCGGCAGUAGAAGCAGCAGCAGCGAAUAACACUGGAAGUCCAGGAUCUAGCUCGAUCAACAAAAACAUCUCGUGUACGCAAGAUAAUGUGGCAUCGGAAACACAAACUAUUCAGCCUACUAACAAUAUGGAGAGUAAUCACAUGGGAGCGUUUAGUGAUGGCUUGGCCUCUGCAUUGGCAGCAAGGGCAAACAAAAUGCGGUUGGAAACUUCUGACGGUGAUGAUGAUAAUGACGGUGAUGAAGACGAUGAUUGGUGA